GCCAGAUAGUUAAGAAGACAUAUAGUUUCUAGUUUAGCAAAGGCAGCUGAUCCAGGAGCAAUGGCGUUCAGCAUGGGAAAUAUAGUAGUUUAUAUAGCAUUGUUUCACCUGAGUAUUGUGAUAGCAGAAAUUCCUACACGCCAACUCUUUGGUUCACCAAACGUGGCUCCAGACCCCAAAGCUGAUUCACCUGCACUGCCUAAUAUUCCACCUGCUAGAUUACCUAAACCAUGCCAGGCUACAGAACCUGAAGCUGGUUCACCUGCACUGCCUCCCAUUCCACCAGCCAAUUCUCCCAAUGAGGAAUCAAGGGGCAGAGUUUUUGAUGUUACUGAGUAUGGUGCAGUGGCUGAUGGAGAGAAAGAGAGUAGCUCGGCUUUUUUAGCAGCAUGGAAAGCUGCCUGCAAUUAUGCUGGAAAUGCUACUUUCUUAAUACCUGAGGGGAUAUUUCUCCUUGGACCAAUCUCGUUUGACGGCCCUUGCUUGAACAACUUGUCACCAAACAUUGAGAUAAGAGGGACUCUGUUGGCUCCAGGAUCCCUUGAUGCCUUUCCCUCUUCUGCCUGGAUAGCAUUUAGAAACCUGUAUGGAUUCAAUCUCACUGGAUCAGGAACUGGGAAAGCCAGGAUAGACGGAAAGGGAGAAGUAGAAGCCUGGAAACGAUCCAGCUGCGAGAAAUCAAUGAAUUGUAACAGAUUAGUUGCAUCACUAUAUUUCUUCGAAGUUUCACAUGCUACCAUCAGUAACAUCACCCUAGCAAACAGCAAGGGCUUCCAUUUAAAUAUUUAUGUCAGCGACAACAUUGAUGUCUACAAUGUAAACAUUUCUGCUCCUCCUGAUAGCCCUAACACAGAUGGAGUCCAUAUCGGUGAAUCCUCUAACAUAACCAUUGCGUCUUCAACAAUUGGCGUAGGAGAUGAUUGUGUCUCCAUUGGACCUGGCAGCAUCAACAUUUCUGUUUCUGGUAUCCAAUGUGGCCCAGGCCACGGCAUCAGCAUUGGCAGCCUAGGAAAAUAUAAAAAUGAGAAGGAUGUCAUUGGGAUCAAAAUCGAGAACUGCACAAUCAAUGGCACCCAGAAUGGUGUCAGGGUGAAAACUUGGCCUGGAUCUCCACCAGGCAGGGCCUCCAAUAUUACAUUCCAGGACAUUUCCAUGAUCAAUGUCUCAAACCCGAUAAUCAUAGACCAAGAUUACUGCCCUUCAAGCUCCUGCAACAAAUCCAAGCCUUCCAUGGUGAAGUUAACCGACAUUCUGAUAAAGAACAUUACGGGCACAUACAACACCAAGUCUGCAGUGUCAUUACUGUGCAGCUCCGGGGUACCAUGCCAGAACAUUCAUCUUGUGGACAUUAAACUGAACUAUACAGGACCCGAACUGGGGAGAUUAGCACUAGGCCACCUAAGCACGAGGGCUAGCAACCUUGGCACAGAGAAGGCGACGUCGAAAAUGGCGUACUUUGCGCGGCGCACACUUGCAUCCCUUGCAACCCGUGUCCUUUCUUCUUCCCCAUCUUCAUCUUCCCUCUCUUCUCGUCCCCGCUUUGCCCUCGCUCUCCUCGACAACCAUUCAGUAACCCAUUUACCCGACCCAGUGAAGAUCCUGACCCGUCCAAAGACGACGUCCGGGCCUGGCUACUCGCCCCUCAACGACCCAUCGCCGAACUGGAGCAACCGGCCACCGAAAGAAACGAUCCUUCUGGAUGGCUGCGAUUAUGAGCACUGGCUUAUCGUCAUGGAGUUUCCAGCCGACGAAAAUAAGUCUGAAACCGACAUGAUUGAUGCUUAUGUUAAGACCCUUGCUUCUGUUGUGGGGAGCGAGGAGGAAGCCAGGAAGAAGAUAUACUCAGUUUGUACGACGAGGUAUAAAGGGUUUGGCGCAUUGAUCUCUGAGGAGCUGGCUUACAAAGUUAAAGAGUUACCUGGUGUUCUUUGGGUUUUGCCUGAUUCUUAUAUGGAUGUACCUAACAAAGAUUACGGUGGGGAUCUAUAUAUUGAUGGAAAAGUCAUCCAUAGACCACAGUAUACAGCUCCUUGUCAACCACAGAGGACCAGACCUCGCAGGCGUUCAUAGGCUAUGCAUGAGGUGACAUUGGAGGUGUUUCCAAUGUCAAGGAAGUUCAGGGUCAGGGUAGCUGUUGGAAUUAUAAUCCCGAAAUUUUAACACUUUGGGAAUGGAAUUAAGCAUUGUGGUUGUUUCCUUGAUCUUUGUUUUUCAAAUGCACAUUAUCUAGCACCCUUUUGAAGAUCUGAAAUGUGAAUAUUUAUUAUUAUGUGUUGCAGACAACUGAGUAUUGCAUUAAUGCACUCUGUGUUUUAUCAUGUUGCCUGUGUUGGCUUUAAACCACUUUUCUUUCUUUCUUUCAUCACUUAUAACCGCUUGGAACAUUGUGGUAGAACUAGUGUCAUAGGGCACUGGGAUAUUUCUAUGUCAAUUCUUCCGAUAUCUUCUUAACUUGGAGCUUAAAAGGUUUUUAUGACACUCAUAAGGUCAUUCUACCCAAUAUGAUGUCCAUUUGGUGCAUAGAAUUUGAGUUAGAGAUAGGGGAGGCUACAUUUUGGGACUUUUUUUUAUAACCUUUUUCGUUAUAUUCUUUUUGGUGCUUGAGGAAGCUAGUGCCCUUGGAUAUUUGUAUGUUUGAAAUGUAAACUACUGAUUUUCACUCUUAAUCAAAGUGUUUUGAAAUU